AUGUCAGCGAAACGCCCCAGACUCGCCCCUCCGUACGGCCCCGAGGUCUGGCUUGUGAAGGGCGCGUGUGAAGAUAUUGAAGUGGGAGGGCGACCGGUGCAUCCUUAUCCUGAAGACAGAUUGGACAUUCAAGCGUUUAGGAGAGUUUUGACCCCACGUUCACCAUGGAACGAGGAAUGCCUUUUUAAAGAUGGUAUCAAUCCAAGAAAACUCCUAUCCCCCGAGAAGAUUGAUGGCUUGCGCGAGCUUUUCCCCGCGGAAGUAGGGGCCCAUGUUUUCGUUAGUGGAUUCCUCGUUGUCCUUUUUAACUCACUACACGACAUUCAAGCCGUGUAUGAGAGAGACUGGAUCGUGGAAGUUGGAGGUUUGUGA